AUGUACAAACACCGGAACGCAUUACCUCCAUUGAAGCUCAUUUCCAAUAUGUUUUCUUUGAGCCUACCUGAAUCAGCUACUGAAUCAAUCCUAAAGAUUACCGUUUUUGGAAGUUAUCUUGUUGCAUCUACGAUGUCUACCUUAUAUGUGUUUGAAAAGGAGACUUCAGAAUCAAAGUAUGCCACAGAUUAUUAUUCCUCCAUCCCUCUGAAUUCCGGCUAUGGUUCAAUCAUGGACACGGCUCAUUUACCCACCCAUGUCAACAAAAUACUUGUCGCUACAUCGUCUUGCUUGGUUGUGGUGAACGUUAGAACUACCAAGAUCUUAUAUACUACUGAAAAGGAGAUGUUUGGUGCAAUCACAUGUAUUGAGCCCACUCCAGCCCUUGAUGUCAUCGCUGUUGGCAACGAUGUUGGUGAAUUUACCGUUUACAAUAUUCGGAAAAAUAAGAUUUUGCAGCAUGCCUCAACAGGAUCAUGCAGCCAGAUAACUUCGUUGUCCUUCCGCACGGAUGGAACUCCUCACUGUGUAUGCUCUCUCCGUUCAGGUCAGCUUUUCUUCUAUGACUUGGCUCGAAAAUGUCGAGUCCAUAUUCUUCGUAAUGCCCAUCAAGAGGCAUAUGGUGGUGCUACGAAAUCUCUUUUCCUCAAUGGUCAGUCUAUUGUAGUUUCAACAGGUCCCGAUAAUACAAUCAAGGAAUUUGUAUUUGAUCCUGUUCUCUCGACAACUAAUAGCUCCGUCGUGUCCCCUCCUAGGCAUCUUAGAUCUCGUGGGGGUCACUCUGCUCCGCCUACAUGUCUUUUAUUUGCCGAUGAUGAUUCUCAUUAUAUCCAAUCCGCUUCACAGGAUAAGUCUCUUUGGAUGUUUUCUUUGCGGAAAGACGCUCAGUCCCAAGAAAUGUCCCAAAAACAGUCUCGUGAAAAGAAUGGUAAACGUGUUGCCGGUGUUGUAUCUCAAUAUAAGGAUAAGUUUCCUCCUAUUCUCAUGAUUGCUCAAGAAAAUUCCAGAGAGGGUGAGUGGGAUAAUGUUCUUACUGCCCAUCAGGAAGAGACAUUUGCCAGAACUUGGAGCUCUCGUAAUAGAAAAAUUGGUAAACAUCAGCUUGCCACGAUAGACGGAGGUGUUGUUAAAUGUGUCGCCAUGACUCAAUGUGGAAACUUCGGUCUUGUCGGUUCCAGUAAGGGUGGCAUAGGUGUCUAUAACAUGCAGAGUGGAAUUCUGAGAAAGCUGUAUAGACUUCACAAAAAGGCUGUUACCGGUGUUGCUGUUGAUGGCAUGAAUAGGAAAAUGGUUUCUUGCGGUAUAGAUGGUAUUGUUGGUUUCUACGAUUUCUCAAAGUCACGUUUCCUUGGUAAAAUGCAGUUAGAAGCCCCAAUCACACAGCUUGUGUACCAUAGAUCUUCUGAUCUAGUUGCUUUGGCACUUGAUGAUAUGUCUAUUGUAGUCAUUGAUGUUUCCAUGCAACGAAUUGUUCGUCGAUUAUAUGGUCAUCGAAAUAGAAUCACUGCAAUGGAUUUCACUCCCAACGGCCGCUGGCUUGUGUCCGCCUCUCUUGAUGGCACUAUUCGUACUUGGGAUCUUCCUACUGGUGGAUGCAUUGAUGGCAUUAAGCUUGAUAAUGUUGCCACGUGCCUUAAAAUAUCUCCUCAUGGAGACUAUAUGGCCACCUCUCAUGUCAAUGGAGUUGGUAUAUCCUUAUGGACCAAUAAGGCCCAAUUCCAUCCUGUUUCCACCAAAAAUAUUGAGGAUGAAUCUGAGUUUGCCAAUAUGAUGCUUCCAAACAUCAGUGGUGAUGGAGGCUCCUCGGUGCUUGAAGGUGCGUUUGUUGAGAAUGAUGCUUCAGAUGGUUCUCAAGGAGGCAUUUAUAUAUCGGCUGAUCAGAUCGACUCGACCCUUGUUACUCUUUCUCAUUGCUCUAGAGGCAAAUUUUCUACCUUACUUCAUCUUGAUAACAUCAAACUAAGAAACAAACCAGUUGAACCUCCUAAGAAACCCGAGUCGGUUCCAUUCUUUAUGGGGCUCGGUGGUGACGUUGUUGGUGAUAAGGCAAAGGUUGCAGAAGAGAAUGGGAAUGGCUCUCAGAGAGCAGAUGAAAAUGUUCAGAAUGUUCAGAUGGAGUCUUCGAAGCUUCUCGAUCUUAGGAGCAAUGAAGGUGUCAAAUUUGAAUCCAAAUUUACCAACCUUUUGCGUACCGCAGGCCAGGCCAGUGAUGGAAAUUACUCCGCCUUUAUAGAAUACUUGGUAGACUCAUCUCCUGCUAGCACGGACUUGGAAGUGAGAUCCUUGUCAACAUCUGCUCCGUAUGACGAAAUUUUCUGGUUCUUCCAGGCGUUAAGCUUUGGUUUCCAUCAGAACACUAACUUUGAAAUUUUAACUGUCAUAAUGACCAUGUUUUUGAGAUUCCAUGGUGACACCCUUCAUAAUAUUAGAAGUCUUGCCGUUGAUGGCAAGAACAGUGAUUCCCUUAGAGUUGUUGCGGCCAUAGAUGAACUUACUUUAGUCAGUUCUACCGAGAAUGAUAAGAUGGACCAACUUGUCAAGUACUCUUCCGGCGUUGUUAACUUUAUUACCACUGCAUGA